AUGAGGAGAUUUCAACAGCCACAUUGGAGCGACGUUUGGGGGUAUGAUGAUGUGCAUGGUGGCUUCGGUUUUGGAGAUAGGAACGGAGGAGGAACUUCUCUGUUGGACUGUACUAGAGCGUUUGAUUUGGUGAUAGCAAACUCGAGUUUUCCGAAGAAGGUAGAGCACUUGGUCACUUUCUGGAGUUCGGUGUCCGUGACUCAAAUUGAUUAUCUUCUCUACAGGAAGUCUGAUAUAGGACUUUGCACAGAUUGUAAGGUCAUCCCGAGUAAGAACCUCAUGACCCUUCAUAGGUGCGUGCUCAUGGACCUUGAGAUCACGAGGAAGAGGAGGAAAAUAGUGGUGUAUAGCCAACCUAGGAUCAAGUGGGGAGCCUUGAUAGAAGCCAAAGCGCAGGGGUUGGAGUGCAUUAGGAAAGCCACUAGAGAGGUAUUAGGGAUCUCGAAGUGUUACUCUGGUGGACACAGAGGAGACAGGUGGUGGAAUGGAGAGGUGAAAGAAAAAGUGGAUACCAAGAAAGCGGCAUAUCUGAAGCUAGUGGAAAAUGUAGACGAGGAGGAGAGAAGGGUGAAUAAGGUGCAAUAUAAGUUAGCUAAGGAGGAGGCAAAAUUAGUAGCUACGACAGCCAAAACUGCACUUUUGGUCAUUUGA